UACACUGGGAACAAAGUUCACUACCCGACUCUCAGACGCGUUGGGACUGGAGUAGUUUGCGGGGAAGCGGUUCCUCACGUCUCUAACUAAGUCGACUGGAUUACAUUCACGUUACGGACGCGAAGCUCCACGUUCUGGGAUAUAAAAAGACACUUCAGGCAGAAGUUACCUCAUUUUUUCGAGCAGCUUUCAUGUCCUCCUCCUCCUCCUCCUCCUCCCAACUCUCUGAAAGAGCCCUGAAUGCCGAAGUGGAGGACAGUCGGGCUGUGAGGGGGAGCGUUUAGUGGAGUUAGUGAAUCCUGGGUCUCUCAAAUGGCCUCAAGCGCACCAAAACAACCUUAAACAUGCCUGCAUGAGCUCCGACUCUACACGGUGUUGUGCUCAGAUGACUCGCUGAGGCGUUUGGGAGGGAGACUCGACUUGGGAGCAGCAGCAGAGAUGGUACUGUUGAAAGUGAAAGGUUUCUGGAAACCGAAAAUCUUUUAGACGCUGCAGAUUAAAGCGGUUCCAGCAGCAGUUCUGUGAAGACUUGUUGGUUCUGGAAAGGGAGCACUACUUCUGCUUGUGAAGAUGGCCACCUUGGGUUCACCUGUAGAUACAGCUGAGGGUGGAGCUAACAACGAGUUUAGUGACAUCAUCAGGUGGCGAUCAGAUGAACAUGAUGCGGUACAGAAAAAGACCUUCACAAAGUGGAUCAACGCACAGUUCUCCAAGACGGGGAAAGCAGCCAUUAAGGACAUGUUCUCUGACCUUAGAGAUGGAAGGAAGCUCCUGGAUCUGCUGGAGGGUCUCACAGGAACCACCCUGACCAAAGAGCGCGGCUCCACAAGAGUCCAUGCCCUCAACAACGUCAACAGAGUUCUCCAAGUGCUGCAUCAGAACAAUGUAGAGCUGGUGAAUAUCGGAGGGACAGACAUCGUUGAUGGGAAUCAUAAACUGACACUUGGACUCAUUUGGAGCAUCAUCCUUCACUGGCAGGUUAAAGACAUCAUGAAGGAUGUAAUGUCCAGUCUGCAGCAGACCAACAGUGAGAAGACCCUCCUGAGCUGGGUCAGAAACUGCACCCGUAACCAUGACAACGUCAACGUGCUCAACUUCACCACCAGCUGGGCAGAUGGACUCGCCUUCAACGCCAUACUGCACCGCUUCAGGCCUCAUGCGUUCAGCUGGGAGCGAAUAUUGGCCCUGUCUCCAGUGGAGAGACUGGACCAUGCCUUCACCUUGGCUAAAGAUGAGCUCAACAUUGAGAAGCUGCUGGACCCUGAGGACGUGGCCGUACAGCUGCCCGACAAAAAGUCUAUCAUCAUGUACGUGACGUCUCUGUUCGCCGUUCUGCCCAAUGACGUCACCAUGGAUGACAUCAGAGAGGUGGAGACGCUGCCUCGGAAGUAUAAAGUGGACGAAGGCCAGCCUCUGAGCUCACAGGGACUGGCUGGUGAGGCGGAGGAGGCGGGCAGCAUGAGGGCAGAGACCCCCAGCACGGUGACGGAGGUGGAGAUGGAGGGAGGAGAAGAGAUGGAUCUAGACUCGUAUCAGGCCACUCUCGAGGAGGUGCUGACCUGGCUGCUGUCCGCCGAGGACGCGCUCCACAUGCAGGACGAGGUGUCUGACGACGUGGAGGAGGUUAAGGAUCAGUUCCACACGCAUGAGGCGUUCAUGAUGGAGCUGACGGCCCAUCAGAGCAGUGUGGGUAACGUGCUGCAGGCGGGAAACCAGCUGAUCGCCCAGGGCAACCUGAGUGAGGAGGAAGAGGAGGAGAUCCGAGUUCAGAUGACUCUCCUCAACUCACGCUGGGAGACCCUCCGAGUGGCCAGCAUGGACCGCCAGGCCAGACUUCACGAAGUUCUCAUGGACCUUCAGCAACAGCAGCUCCAGCAGCUCUCUGAUUGGCUGCUGCAGACAGAAGGGCGAAUCCGUAAAAUGGAGAGUGAGCCGAUGGCAGGAGGCAUGGAGGGGUAUCUGGCCCAAGUAGAGCAGCACAAAGUUCUGCAGAAUGACCUGGAGGCAGAGCAGGUGAAGGUGAAUUCUCUGACUCAUAUGGUAGUGGUGGUGGAUGAGAACAGUGGAGAGAGCGCCACCGCUGCCCUAGAGGACCAACUGCAGUCUCUGGGAGAGCGCUGGGCUGCAGUGUGUCGCUGGACUGAGGAGCGCUGGAGUAAACUAGAGGAGAUCCUACUGGUGUGGCAGCAGCUCCUGGACGACCAGAACUUGUUCAGAACAUGGCUUGAAGGGAGGGAGAAGGCCCUAAGUGAGGUGCAGACCAGCGAUUUCAAAGACCCCAGUGAAAUAAACACUAAUGUUCGCAGACUCGCGAGCCUGAAGGAGGACAUGGCUCAGAAGCGGCGGGUGCUUGGUGCUCUGUCUGAUGCAGGUCAUGACGUGAUCUUGCUGCUGAAGAGUCCCGAAGCUGCCCAGCGCAUCGAGACUGACACAGAGGAGCUGACUCAGCGCUGGGACAACCUGGUCCAGAGACUGGAGGACUGUUCCAACCAGGUUACUCUGGCGGUGACUGUUGCCGGGAUGCCUCAGGUGCAGGAGCGGGUCGUCAUGGAGACAGUCAGCACGGUGGUGGAGCGAUUUGAGCACACAGUGACUAGCAGUGACCAAGAGCUUCCACCACCAGCCCCGCCAAAGAGACGACACCUCGACACAGACACGGAACUGAGGAAACUCGUGGACGCUGACAUUCCUGAGCUUCUGACCUGGUUGGCUACCUGGAAGAAUUCAGCACAUGCACUGAUCUCUGGAGAGCCUGCGGACCUGAAGCAAAAACUACAGGACCUGGAGGGGAAACUCGGAGAGAAAGAACACCAAGUGAAAGAAGUGAUUGAAAGAGGAGAAAAAUUGGCAGAACAGUUGGACAAAGAAGGCCUGUCCUCAGCUCCGACUCGUUCUGCUGCGAGGUCUGUGGCGUCUGAGUGGGAGAUCAGUCAGAAGCUGCUGAAGGACCUGCAGGAGCGUGCUGUGGUUUUACAGCGAGUGGCUGUGUUCUCCACAGAGCUGCAGGUUCUGGAGCAGGCUCUGGUGGAUGCGGAGGCCUGGCUGGGUCGCACAGCUGGGCUCUGCGCCAAAGCAGACCGGCCAGCUCUGCACACGCUCAGAGAUGACUGCCAGGUUCAGUUGGCAGGGAUGCUGGCUCUGAGUCCUCGUCUUCAGGAUCUCACUGCCCAGGCAGCGUCUCUGGCCGUGGAGCCCAGCACCCCCACCACCGUCAAAACUAGCACGGAUACCCUGGAAUCCCGUUAUACCAAGAACAUUCAGCAGCUGAAGACGAGGGAGCAGGAGAUCAGUGCAGCUGUGAGCAGGCUGCAGGAGGAUGAGCAGCGGAGUGAUGUCCGGGCGAAGCUGGAGGCCAGACUCUCAGCCCUUACAGCCAAUAUCACUGACACACCCUCCACUGAGGCGGCUGUGGACAAAGCUCAGGCUCUUUGUGCAGAGGUAGAGCAGCAGCAGCAGACUGUAUCAGACCCAGCUGAACUCCAGCGCUGGACUCAGCUCUCAGUCACAGCCGCAGACCAGCUCGGCGUGCUGCAGUGCGUUCUGGGUAGCCUAAAGGAUUCACAAGUUCAGGGUGAGGAGGUGUCCCGAUGGCUGGAUGCUGUGGAGGAGUUGCUGUCCAGAGACUCGGGGUCUCUCAGCCAUGGAGACAAACUACAGGAGGAGUUUAACCAGUGCAAGGAGUAUGUCGGAGAGAUGGAGGCAGUGGAAUCGUCUCUGAAACAAAUGGGAGAGAACGUGGCAGCUGUACAGCAAAGUGCAAUACCAGGCCUGGCCAGCUGGGGGCAGCAGGACCUAGAGGAGAAACAGAAACGUUGGGAGAUGCUCAGCAAACAGUUGCUGCAGCAGCAGGAGCAAGUGAGUGAAAGUCAGGAGAGAGCGCUGAACCUGAGGAAGGACCUGGCAGAGAUGCGAGAGUGGAUGACGCAGGUGGACGAGGAGUAUCUUAUGAGAGACUUUGAGUAUAAAAGUCCGGAGGAGCUGGAGGAGGCUCUGCAGGAGAUGAAGAGGGCUAAAGAGGACGUGUUACAGAAGGAGGUGCGAGUGAAGAUUUUGAAGGACAGUAUUAAUGUAUUGAUGAGCAAAGCGCCCCCCGGUGGCCAGGAUCUGAGCAGCGAGCUUACAGGAGUGCUGAAAAACUACCACAGACUGUGUGAUCGCUUCAAGAGCAAGUGCCACACACUGGAGGAGGUGUGGUCAUGUUGGAUUGAGCUGCUGCAGUAUCUGGAGGUGGAGUCUGGUUGGUUGAACAGUCUGGAGGAGAGCCUGCAGGCCACAGAGAACCUGCCGGAGACCACAGAGGCUGUCAACCAGGCACUGGAGUCUCUGGAGUCAGUUCUGCGUCACCCUGGUGACAACCGGACUCAGAUCAGAGAGCUGGGUCAGACUCUGAUUGAUGGUGGAAUUCUGGACGAACUCAUCAGCGAGAAACUGGAGAACUUCAACUCUCGCUAUGAUGAGCUCAGCCAACAGGCUGUGUUGCGUCAGAUGGCUCUGGAGCAGCAGCUCAGCGCUCUGAGGGAGAACGAGGCGGCCUUACAAACCUUGCAGGAAUCGCUCACUCAGCUGGACCAAACACUGACCUCUUACCUGACUGACCGCAUUGAUGCCUUUCAGCUGCCACAGGAGGCUCAGGAAAUUCAGGCUGAGAUCACAGCCCACGAGGCCUCUCUGGAGGACCUGCGCAAGAGAAACGUGGGGAAUGUUCCUGCGGCCGCUUCCGAAGGCAAAUCUGCACGUGGUGGCACCAUGCUGGACCAGCAGCAGAGGAAACUGAGGGAGAUCAACACAAAGUUCCAGCUGUUCCAGAAGCCAGCCAACUUUGAACAGCGAAUGCUGGACUGUAAGAGAGUUCUGGAGAACGCCAAGGCUGAGCUGCACGUGCUGGACCUCACCGACACUCAGCCUGAGGAGAUCCAGGCACACCUCGCCGGCUGCAUGAAGCUGUAUAAGAUGUUGAGUGAGGUGAAGCUGGAGGUGGAGACGGUGAUUAAAACAGGCCGGCAGAUUGUGCAGAAACAGCAGACAGAGAAUCCCAAGAGCAUGGACGAACAGCUCACUGCCCUAAAACUGCUUUACAACGAACUGGGAGCACAGGUGACGGAGGGGAAACAGGAGCUGGAGAAGGCUCUGUCUCUGUCUCAGAAACUGCAGAAGGACGGCGCUGUCCUGCAGGACUGGAUGACCUCUACACAUGCACAGCUAGAGCAGAAGAUCAACACAGGGGACAUGCCUGCUGAUAUAGAUGGAGAGAUCGCCUGGGUCAAUGGUCUGCUGAAGGAGAGUGACUGUAAAAAGGCGGAUCUGUCUAAAGUGAUGGAGAACAGUGCUGCCCUGCAGGCUCUGGUGGAGGGCAGUGAAGCUCAGCUGGAGGAUCAGCUGUUCGUCCUGAAUGAGGGAUGGGAGCGAGUGCGCACCCUCACGGAGGACUGGCUUAGUACCGUACUGAAUCAUCAGAGCGAGAUUGAGAUGUUUGAUGAGAAUCUGGCGCACAUCAGCACGUGGGUCUACCAAACUGAAAUUCGUCUAGACGAAACUGAGAAACUGCCUGCAGCUGAGAGAGAGACAGUGGUGAAGUCUGUGCUGAGUGAAUUGGAGGCGAUGAGUGCAAGGGUGGAUGGUGCUCGUGAUCAGGCGGUUAUUCUGAUGACCAGCAGGGGGCCUGCGUGCAGAGAGCUGGUGGAGCCUAAGCUAGCUGACCUCAACCGCAACUUCCACAAGGUGGCACAGCACAUCAAAACUGCCCAGCGGUCAGUGGGUCUGGAGCCUGGUGAUGUGGAGGUGCAGCAGCAGGUGCUGAAGGAGACAUCAGCUCCUCUCUCCUCUUCUGAGCUGCAGGACUUCGAGGCAGACUUAGAGGCAGUACUGAGUGCACUGGAGCAGCAGGAUCAUACACACACACCAGAUGAUGACAAGCUGGAUGAGGAGAAGGCUUGUGUUGAGGAGGUGUUGAGGAGAGGAGAGGAGGUGCUGCUGUCUCUUCCUGAGGAGAACAGAGAGGAGAUACGCAGGAGACUGCAGCUAUUACAGACCCGCUACAGGGAGAUACACAUCUUCAGGACUCGUCGGGUUGUAGAGGUCACCGUUGACUCAGUCUCUCUCGUUUCCUCGCUCCCUCAAGAAGAGAGGAAUGCCUCUCUCUCUCCAUCUGCAUACCUGCUGGACAUCAACAAGGUUCUGCUGGCCAUGGCCGACAACGAGCUGCUCCUCAACUCCUCUGAGCUCAGUAGCGGCCUGUUCGAAGACUUCUCCAGCCAGGAGGAUACCCUGAAGAAUAUAAAGGAGAAUUUGGAGCGUCUGGGUGAGCAGGUUACCCUGUUAAAUGAACGACAGCCUGAUGUGAUCCAGGAUGCCUCCAGACAGGAAGUGGUGCAGAUAGGUGAUGCACUGACUCAGCUCAACGCUGAGUGGGACCGAGUAAACCGCAUGUACAACCAGCGCAAAGGGUCUUUUGACCGUGCUGUUGAAGAGUGGAGGCAGUUUCACUGUGACAUGAACGACUUGUCUCAGUGGCUGACCGAGACGGAGCAGGUUCUAGCUGACGGAUCUGGUCCUGAUGGAGAACUGGACCUGGGACGGGUCCGUGCUCAGCAAGAGGAGCUGGAGGAAGGCCUUGCUAAUCACCAGUCUGUCUUGGCCAUGCUUGUCCGGUCAGGCGAGCACAUCAUCGGGCAGCUCUCAUCCCCAGACGGGCCGCUGCUCCAGAACAAACUGGACAGCCUAUCGCAGCGCUGGAGGAUCAUACAAACUCAGCUCGCUGACCGCCGCCGCAGGCUGAUGGCUGGUGAUCCUGCUGUGUUAGAAGUGGUGCAGCGCAGCGCUGAUUUGACGCACUGGUUAGAGCAAACCGAGGGCGCUGUGGCCACUCUGCCUGUGUCCGCUACUGACAGAAACCUCCAAGAACUGAAGGCCCUGGCGGAGGAGAUGGAUUUGCAGAAUGAGAGUUUGACGUGGCUGAACAGGAACGGAGCUCAGAUUCUAGCUAACUCCAACCUGAGCGCUCACGAGAAAGACGCACACGCCACCAAACUCCGCCACAUCAACAUCAAGUGGAGCAAGGUGACUCGUGAGUUGUUGGAUAAGGUCGGUGAGGUGGAGUCCAGGCUGCAGUCUGACAGUCAGUUCCAGGAGAGAAUGGCCCGUCUGGGCGAUUGGUUUUAUCUCACCCAUCAGAGUCUGAGUGGGCGAGGAGCCAACGCUGCUCUCUCGGCCGCUGAAAUCCAGGCUCUGGAGGCGUCUAUGCGGGAGCGGAAGAGAGAGCUGGAGGAUCUCCUCGCUCAUUCCAUUGAGCUUCAAAGGAGACAGCUGCUUCUGCCUCAAGAAAAGAGUAAAAUAGAACAGCUGGCAGCAGACUGGAAGUCUCUGGAUGUCAGACUGAAAGAGAUAACGCAAGGGCCUGUGUCGCCGUGGACACACCAGGUCAAACAGCAGCAAUUCACAGCUACUGGACUGCCAGUGUUGUCUGAGGUCCAGCGGUCAGCUCUGCUGGUAGAAGCCCCCCUCAGUGCAGACAGCUUGAGUGACCGGGCCACAGAGCUGGCCGACUGGCUGCAGCUUAUUCAGCAGAUGCUGAAAUCCAGCAUCGUCACUGUGGGCGACACAGACGAGAUCCGCACCACCAUCAGCCGCCUGGAGGUAACUAAGGGUGAUCUGGAGCAGAGGCAUCCUCAGCUGGAGGACAUCUUCACUUUAGCGCAGAACAUCAAGAACAAGACCUCCGACCUGGACGUGCGCACCUCCAUCACUGAGAAACUGGAGAAGGUCCGCAGCCAAUGGGACAACACGCAGCACGGCGUGGAAGAGCGGCUUCUACAGCUGGACCGCAUGAUCACCCACAGUGACCAAUGGGAGGACCAGAGGGGACAGGUGAAUGUUGUAAUUGACCAGAACGAGGCACGUUUACGCAACCUGCUUCAGAUGAGCCGAGACCCUCUCACCAAACAGAUCGGCGACAACAAGGCCUUCCUACAAGACCUGAGCAGAGAGCAGGUAACCGUGGCAACCUUCAAUGAGCUUUGCAAUCAGCUCCUAGAGGACUAUUCUGCUGACGACACCCGCAGGGUCAAAGAGGUGAUGGGCAAACACAUCACAGCCUGGAACUCCAUCAACAACAGAACGUCGGAUCGCCAGGCAGUGCUGGACUCGGAGCUGAAGAGUCUGCAGGCGUCUCUCAGGGAGCUGGAGGCUUUCCUCAAGUGGCUGCAGGAGGCAGAGACUACAGUCAACGUUCUAGCUGACGCCUCCCAGAGGGAGGAGCUUUCUCAGGACUCUGCCCAUAUCAGGGAGCUCAAGGGUCAACUACAGGAUAUCCAGGCGGAGAUUGAUGCCCAUAAUGACGUGUUUAAGAGUGUGGAGGGGAAUAAAGUGAGGAUGGUGAAGGCUCUGGGCAGUUCGGAGGAGGCUGUCUUUCUUCAGCAGAGAUUGGACGACAUGAACCAGCGCUGGAACGAGCUCAAGGCCAAAUCGGCCAACAUACGGGCUCAUCUGGAGGCCAGUGCGGAGCGCUGGAGCAGGCUGUUAUCUGUUCUAGAGGAGUUGUGGAGGUGGAUCUGCCUGAAGGACGAUGAUCUCACCAAACAGAUGCCUAUAGGAGGAGACGUGCCCACGUUACUGCAGCAACACAACCACUGCUCGGCCCUGAGGGCAGAGCUGAAAGAGAGGGAGCAUGUAGUGGUCAGCACGCUGGACCAGGCACGCAUGUUUCUGGCUGAUCAGCCAAUCGAAGGUCCUGAGGAACCACGCAAGAACCUGCAGCCAAAGACAGAACUGUCUCCGGAGGAGAAGGCCCAACGAGUGGCGAGGGCGAUCCGUAAGCAGGCGGCCGAGGUCCGGGAGCGCUGGGAGAGGCUCCUGGGGCACGUGGGCGGAUGGCACGAACAGGUUGAGCGAUCUCUGGAGAAACUGCAAGACUUGCAGAGCGCAAUGGACCAGCUGGACCUUCAUCUGACCCACCCUGAGGAGAUCAAAGCCAACUGGCAGCCUGUAGGAGACCUCCUCAUAGACUCACUACAGGACCACAUCGACAAAACCACUGCGUUCCGGGAAGAGGUCGCUCCUCUAAAGCAGGAGAUUACGGUGGUGAACUCGUUGGCAAGUGAGCUGGCUCCUCUGGACGUUCAGCUGUCCUCCACAACCAGCAGGCAGCUGGACAAUCUGAACACACGCUGGAACUUACUGCAGGCUGCGAUAGAGGAGAGACUCAAACUCCUACAGGAAGCACACCGAGAUUUUGGACCCUCUUCACAACACUUCCUCUCCACUUCCGUCCAGUUGCCCUGGCAGAGAGCAGUAUCCCAGAAUAAAGUGCCCUACUACAUCAACCACCAGACUCAGACAACAUGCUGGGAUCAUCCCAAAAUGACGGAGUUGUACCAUUCCCUCGCUGACCUGAACCACGUGCGCUUCUCUGCAUACAGAACAGCCAUGAAGAUCCGCCGCCUACAGAAGGCACUCUGCUUGGACCUGUUGGAUCUGAAUGUAGCUCAGGCGAUGUUUCAGCAGCAUAUGCUGAACAAUAACUCCAGUUCACUCUCAGUCCCUGAGGUCAUUAACUGUCUGACCUCUGUGUAUGAUGACUUGGAGCAGGAGCAUAAAGACCUGGUGAACGUUCCCUUGUGUGUGGACAUGUGUCUCAACUGGCUCCUCAACGUCUACGACACGGGUCGCAGUGGGAAGAUCCGUGUACUGUCCUUGAAGAUCGGGCUCCUUUCACUGUGUAAAGGACUUCUGGAGGAGAAGUAUAAAUGUUUGUUCAACCAGGUUGCCUCUGUGGGGGAUACAUGUGAUCAGAGGCAGCUGGGGCUGUUACUGCAUGAUGCCAUCCAGAUUCCACGGCAGCUCGGAGAAGUGGCAGCCUUCGGUGGCAGCAACAUCGAACCCAGCGUCAGGAGCUGCUUUCAGCAUGUGACCAAUAAGGUGGAGCUGGAGCCGAGGCAGUUCAUUGACUGGAUGAGGCUGGAGCCGCAGUCCAUGGUGUGGCUUCCUGUCCUGCACAGAGUGGCGGCCGCCGAGACGGCAAAGCACCAGGCCAAGUGCAACAUCUGUAAAGAGUGUCCUAUUGUAGGCUUCAGGUACCGUAGUCUGAAGCACUUUAACUAUGACGUGUGCCAGAGUUGUUUUUUCUCCGGUCGAACGGCAAAAGGUCACAAGCUCAACUACCCCAUGGUGGAGUACUGCACCCCGACCACCUCGGGUGAAGACAUGCGUGACUUCACCAAAGUGCUGAAGAACAAGUUCCGCUCAAAGAAGUACUUUGCGAAGCACCCGCGGCUGGGCUACCUGCCCGUUCAGACCGUCCUGGAGGGAGACAACAUGGAGACUCCGGUCACUCUGAUCAGCAUGUGUCCGGAGCAGUAUGAGCUGGUCCAGUCCCCUCAGCUUCCCCACGAUGACACACACUCACGGAUAGAGCAGUACGCCAGCAGAUUGGCUCAGAUGGAGCGCUCUAAUGGAUCCCUGCCUACAGACAGUAGCUCAGCUACCGGUAGCAUGGAUGAGGAGCAUGCUCUGAUUUUGCAGUAUUGUCAGACUCUGGGAGGCGAGGGGGCGUACAGUCAGCCCCAAAGCCCCGCCCACCUGCCCCGCUCCCCUGUUGUAAACCUGCCCAGCCCAGGGCAGCUCCUGCAGAGCCCCGCCCAGAUCCUGCAGGCUGUGGAGAGGGAGGAGAGAGGAGAGCUGGAGAGAGUGAUCGCUCGGCUGGAGGAGGAACAGCGUUCUCUGCAGAGGGAGUAUGAGGCUCUGCGGGAGCAGCACAGGCAGCGCAGCAUGGAGGGGGUGUGCGCGGGGCCAGAAGAUGCCGACCUGCUGGCUGAAGCGAAACUCCUGCGGCAGCAUAAAGGGCGACUGGAGGCUCGGAUGCAGAUCCUGGAGGACCAUAACAAACAGCUGGAGUCACAGCUGUACAGACUCAGACAACUACUGCACCAGCCUGAACUGGAUUCCAGAGUUAAUGGUGUUUCCUCCUCUGGUUCUCUCAACCAAGAACCUGGAGGUCAUCCAGAACACACAGAUGAGUUACUGGAUCAGUCUGUUAACCCCAGCUCUGACAUGACUGACCUUAUGGAGCAGAUUAAUAACAGCUUUCCUGCAUGUGCUCCAUCAAGCCUGUCCUCAAGACCACAGGUAAUGUGAGGGCUGUUAGCGAUCUCUUGGAGGAUGCACUUGACAAAGAGGGAAGCUUCUGAGAUGACAAGGAACAUUCUCCAUUAUGGCAGUGUGGCAAAACCUCCAGUUUCAGACAUGGAGAUUCCAGUAUUCCUCGGACAGAGAUGGUUAGCCCUCCGCCCAAAGAGCAGCACCACACAAUUCCCUUCUACUACUUCUAUUACUCCAUCUGUCUGUACUAUGCAACUGUAAAUUUGAUGAACUUGUAGAUUGUACCUGAGGUUGGGUUCACCAGUGAUUUGUAUGAAUAUGCAGAUAUAAUUUAGGGUAACUACUGGGGCUUUGUACUGUAUAACCUGUUAAGCUUCUAUUUUUGUGCGCUCUCCAGGAACCAACCCUGUUACAUGUCUCAGAUUAUUAACCCCUUAUUAUCUUGCCCUGUGCUGGUUAACUGCAGAAAACUCCAUACAGUGGAUUUGUUAAUGCUUAAAUCUCUACAGUUAAGUGGGUAUGCAGACGAAUAGUGUUUUGACUGCCCUACCCUUGAUGAAUUGCCUCGUGAUAAGUGCAUGUUGCUCCCAGAAUGCGUUCCUCCGGUCCGUUUCGCGUCCAUGUUUACAGCAUCCGUUUGCCGUAAACAGCCUGGUAAAGAAUUCAAAGUUCCGGUGCAGUUUGCACCGCGCACAUUUCCGCAUUACAAGCCGUGCUGGUGUCCUAGAGUCCGUCACGCCUCGUAGAUCUACUGUACGUGUGUCGAGAAUGCCGAGACGUUGUAAAGCAUCAAAACAGCCCUGUGUGCCUAUACAGCAUCCAUUCCAGAAAGAGGAGAUAACAUGAUAGGAAAUUAUGUAAGAUAUUAAAAUAGAGACGUUAAAGCAGACAGAGGUCUAAAUUAAGAUUAAUGGGCCCUAAGAUGAUUUAACUUUGAGUAGAGUAGUUUUAUAAAUCUGUGUUUUAAAACGAAAAAAAAAUCAGAAGAAAGCCAUGAUUGCCUUGCUACCUCAGACUCAACAGCACUCAUUUGCCGCAAUCUGUACUGUUGUUGUUUUUCGAUCAUAUCACAAUCCCAUAAUAAAAGCUCAAUGGAAUGUCUGUCAGAAUCUUCACGUCUUUCUCGAGGCCACUGACAGGAAUAACCUAAUCUCUAUCUGCGUCUGUGGUACAGAUGAUAAUCCCAACAUUAAUCCCUUUGAUCGAGAAGAAGCCUGUUUAUUAAGUUGGCUUGACAAAGUAGCGGCCUAGCAACGCCUUGGCAGUCAUCUGGGAUGCCAUAGCAAUGGCCUUGCAACAUCUAGGCAACCAGCUGCCAUGCCAUAGCAAUGGCCCAGCAACACUUUAGGUACCACCCAAGAUACCAUAGCAACUGCUUAGCAACACCUUAGGUACCACCUGAGAUACAAUAGCAGUGACCUAGCGAUACCUUAGCAACCACCUACACUCUCAAAAGAUAGUUCUUAAAGGGUUCUUACGUAAGGACAGUGGUUCUAUAUAGAACCAUGACCGUUCAAAGAACCCUUUGUAUGCUUAGUGUUCUUUACAUUGUG